GGACCUGGCCGCCACUCUCCUCUUCCUGCAGCCUGGUUUCCCUCCAAACCCUAGCCCUGCACGCCGCCGGCCGCGCUGCUCCGCCUCCUCCUCUCCUCCACUUCUCUCCUCCCUCCCUCCCUCGAUAUGUUUCCUCUCCUUGCCCGUGCCGCCUCCUCCCGCACGGAUAAGACCGGAUCCCCGCCGCAACCGGCAGAGCUCCUCACCGGCGGCGGCCAGAUCGGUUUCGUCGGUGGCCAGAUCGGUUUCGUUGACGCCGGCGCUGAUGUCAAAGUCGUCCCGCAUAGCGCCGUCCUCGCCAAUGAUGCCGAGGCGGGCGGGCAGGGGAGGGGGCGAGGGCGGUAGGGGAGGCGGCGGCGGCGGUGACGGGGUUGGCAUUGGAGGUGGCGGGGAUGCCACUGGAGGCGGCGGCGGCGGCCCCGUCCAGGAGACACUGAAUAUCCAUGGAUCCAGCAAGGGGCUGAGACUUGGCCUCAUCAGCUAGAGCCUCCGGUGCGUCCAAAUUUGCGGCUCUGUUCUGGAGGACAUCGCCGUGGUGGAGGCUCCUCGGCUCGAGCGGCUCAUCCUGGAGGGGUUCCGGAGCAACGCCGACGGCUUGUGCACCAGGGUCACGAUCGGCGAUGCUCCCAAGCUGCAAGCAUUAGGAAUGCUGGAGCCAGGGAACACCAUCCUAGAGAUCGGAGUCUUCGGAGACACCAUCGGCAUGGCCAGCCCAGGCAGCAUGGCCACCAACGUCAAGUUCCUGAGUCUGAAUGUGCGUUUCGGAAACCACACCAAUGCCAAGAUGGUUCCCUCCUUCCUCGCCUACUUUCCCAAUUUGGAGGCACUGCACAUCAUGUCUGAAAAAGGUGAUUAUGAAGCUGGCAGUGCCAGGCUGAAUCUCAACUUUUGGAAGCUGGUCAAGCCUACCGAAAACAUCAAGUCGUGCAUCAAGGUGUUCUCUUACAAAGAACAGUUGCAAAUAGGAGUAGCGCUACAUCAUCAUGAUAAUAUAAUUAAUGCAUAUACUGAAUGCGAGUGUCAAAUAUGAGACACUGACCGUGUAUAGAUCAGUUUCUCACAGAUGUUGUUGUCGAAGCACAUUCCAAGUGGUGAUUUUUAGUUCAAUUGUCAAACUCGUUGCAUGA